AGAUUGCAAUUCCUGGUCGUACCCAGUGAUUGCAGGCAGGGCUGUGGGGUCCGGGAGCAGCUGGCGCAGGAGACACUGAUGGUGCAACGCUUGUGCCUGCAGCUCCGGGAGGUGUUUGAGGACGUGGCUGUGUAUUUCACACGGGAGGAGUGGGAGCUGCUGGACGAUGAAGACAAGGUGCUUUACCGGGACCAGAUGCUGAAGAAUUACCAAGCCCUCGUUUCCCUGGGAUAUCGAGGUCACACACCUGACUUAAUCAGCAGCAUCCAGCGAGGACAGAUGGAGCUCUGGGCCUGUGAUGAUGAGGACCGUGGGGAAAUCUCAAGAUGGGAGGACCUGCUGCCAGGCGGUGUCAGGCUGCUGAGCAGAGCUCAGGAGCAGCCUCCUGGGGAAGGGUCUGCAGACGUGGAGCCACCAUGGACUUCUCCAGGGAGUAUGGGUGAGAUGGACUCCGUGAAACCCGAGAAGGAGCCAUGGCACAAGAGUCAGGGGAGGCCACAAAAGCAGAAGGAGAAUGUAGCGAUGAGCCAGAACCAGCCCAUCCCCCUAGGGAGGAAGGCACACCGCUGCACUGAGUGCAGGAAGAACUUCAGCUGCUUGCAAGACCUGUCCCAGCACGAGUGUGUGCGGCACUCCUGCACCAAGUGUCGGAAGACAUUCAGGCAUCUCUCUGACCUGACAAGACACUGGUGCAUGCACACAAGGGAGAAGCCACAUCAGUGCUCAGAGUGUGGGAAGAGCUUCGCUCACUCCUCCAGCCUGGCUAGGCACCAGCGUAUCCACACAGGGGAGAAACCACAUCAAUGCUCACAGUGCGGGAAGAGCUUCACUCUCUCCUGCAACCUGGCUCAGCACCAGCGUAUCCACACAGGGGAGAAACCACAUCAAUGCUCACAGUGCGGGAAGAGCUUCACUCUCUCCUGCACCCUGGCUCUGCCCCAGCGUAUCCACACAGGGGAUAAGCGACAUCAGUGCUCAGAGUGCGGGAAGAGCUUCACUCACUCGUCCAACCUGGCUAGGCACCAGCGCAUCCACACAGGGGAGAAGCCAUAUCAGUGCUCAGAGUGUGGGAAGAGCUUCACUCACUCCUGCAGCCUGGCUCACCACCAACGUAUCCACAGAGGGGAGAAGCCACAUCACUGCUCAGAGUGCGGGAAGAGCUUCACUCUCUCCUCCACCCUGGCCAGGCACCAGCGUAUCCACAGAGGAGAGAAGCCAUAUCAAUGUUCAGAGUGCGGGAAGAGCUUCACUCAGUUCUCCAACUUGACCCAGCACCAGCGUAUCCACACUGGAGAGAAGCCACAUCAGUGCUUAGAGUGCGGGAGGAGCUUCACUCAGUUCUCCAACCUGGCCCAGCACCAGCGGAUCCACAGUGGGGAGAAGCCACAUCAGUGCUCAGAGUGUGGGAAGAGAUUCACUCAGUGCUCCAACCUGGCCCAGCCCCAGCGGAUCCACAGGGGGGAAAAGCCGCAUCAGUGCUCAGAGUGUGGGAAGUGCUUUACUCAGUCCUCUAACCUGGCUCACCACCAGCGUAUCCACGCAGGGGAGAAGCCACAUCAGUGCUCGGAGUGUGGGAAGUGCUUUACUCAGUCCUCCAACCUGGCUCACCACCAGCGUAUCCACACAGGGGAGAAGCCACAUCGUUGCUCAGAGUGUGGGAAGAGCUUUGAGAACUCCUGCAGCCUGGCUGAGCACCAGCGUAUCCACACAGGGGAGAAGCCACAUCAUUGCUCAGAGUGUGGGAAGAGCUUCACCCUAUCUUUUGACCUGGUCCGGGACCAGCUCAUGCACACAGAGUAAAAGCACAUCAGUUCUCUGAGUGCAGGAAGUGCUUCCUCCAUUCCUCCAAACUGGCCCAGCAUCAGUGCAUCCCUAUCUGGGAGUAUCCAUAAUUCUGCCAGCAAUACAGGAAGGGUUUGGGGAUGUAUACUGGCUCAGCACCUACCAGUGUCUGCAUCCAGGGAAGCAGUCUCAUGCCGGGGGACUGCAGCAACAGUUCACCCUUUGUUCAGCCUUUCUGGGACACUGCAAAACCCAAAGAACACAGAGGCCAGCCUCCCAGGUUUGACAUGGGUAAGGGGUUUAAAGGAAACACCUUGGGUAGAGGCCAGGGGGAGCCUGUGAGCCUGUGAGCUGAUCCUUGCUUCAGCCUUGGAGCCUGUACCACCCCAUCAUUCUCUAAAAGCAGCCAGUUUUCCCAAGGGGAGAAGAAGCAACUUCACAAUAGGUGCCCUUCCCAAGACAGCUGGCUCCAAAUGACAUCCGCGGACUGUCUUUGGCCGACUACCGGGUUUGACUUCUGAUGGCCCCAGGGUUCUUGUACAUGAGGCUGUAGAGCUGCAGGAAGGAGGACAUUUAUUGCUGGGGACGCAUUCCCUGCCUUCUACCCUGACCAUGCCUUUCCUCCCCACCGCGUCACCUCUCUCCCAAGCCUGCACAUGGCCAUUGUAGUUCUGCAAGAAACUGCUACUGCCACCCCAUGAGCCCAGUUUGGCAGGUUUUGCUUCUCACCCCUGUCAGAACUUGGCACCACCAGGUGCAAACUGCCCUUCCCCACUUCCCGCCGUCCUGCUCUCCAUGCCAUUCUUUAUAGCAGCUUCCUUGGUAAUCAAGCCCAGCAACUUAAUGUGAUACCCCUGUGGUUGGUCUCUAUGUCAUCUCGGGGUGUGAAUUGGGAUAGUAGAGGUGAAGGAGGUGCAGGCUGUGACAUGUCCUGCCUCUUCUGUGAAAGGGUGGGGAAAGAAUGAAGGCAUCCUCUGGGUGAAAUGCAGCAUGUUGUAAUCGCCCUGUGGGAGCGUGUCUGCCUUCUGUCCCGUCCUCUCGCAGGACUCGCCUGCCAUGACUAAGAAGAUGGAAAAAUAAGAGGAUGUUAUUCCCUGUGGGGAUAGAUAAAAUGUAGCAGACCACCCAGGUUGGCUAUUUCCAAUAGUGCAGCUCUUUAUUUAACUUAGUAACAAAAGUAUCUUUCUGCUAAUUACUUCAUUAACGGGAGGCGGCGGACUUGCUGCUUCAGUCAAGUACAGUUUCUCUGAGGCACUCGCUGGGCGGCAGGCUUGCCUCGGGCAUUGAUCUCAGGUCCUCCACUGAUCUGAGCCUGCCUGGGGACUGUUUGUCACUCUGGCCAUGCCAGAGACCUCUGCAGGCAUGGUCCUUGGUGCCUCCUCUUUGGACCCUGCACCCCAGUAGGGAUGCAGCCACUUCAGCCGUUUAUGGUUAAUCUCAGUAGAAGACUGUCAACGAUCUUCAUUCCCAACCACUCUGGGUUCCUGCCCGCUGCAUCUUGUCCCCACAGGUAAGGGUUCCCCCACCCUUCUUGUCUCCUGUUACACACCUUCCCUUUUGUGUCCCCCCCCAAAAACUGAGAUCCACCGAGUCUUCAUUGUUCUCGUCCCAAGCCAGUGAGCUUGUCAUUUUGGUAUCCAUGUCAGUCCUAAUUUCUGGGCGUGACAGUCCACAUUCCUGCUCUUUUUUCCUGCCCGAUGUUUCACUGAAAAAUAAAAAGAUUGUAAAGCAA